AUGCGGAGCGUGGGCACCCGCACCACCCAGCAGAACAGCCUGCCUCGUGCCCCCCCACCACCCCCCUCCAGUUCCACCCACAGGGGCAGGGGCUUGGAAGAUAGGAGUUACAGCAUCGAGAGGUCCUCUCAGCAACCUCCGCCCCUGACCCAUGCUAAGGGGACUACGGCUGACGAACGAAGCUUUGCCACGGUGGAGCACUCUUCUUCUUACUACGGCAGCGAGCGUCCUCCGCCGCUCUGCGAGAGAGCAGAGCGAGAGAGGCCCCCCGCCCAUAACAAUGGAAACAGACAAGUCUCCAAUGGCAAUAGGGGCGUUUCCAAUGGGAACCGAGCAGCGGCAGCGGUGGGUAACAGUGAAAGGCAGGUGUCCAAUGCAGUGUUUUUGAAUGGAGGCGGGCGGCGUGAUGGGCGGGACCAGAGGGAUGGGCGUGAUGGGGGGCGAGAAGUGCCGAGAGGGGCAGUGAGUUUGGACAUUUGCGGGAACAACGAGGUCUCACUGAACAAUGAUCGAAACAGUAGCCAACAACUAGCUCAGUACAAGGAGGCGGGGGCCAGCGCAGCCAAACUGGAUAACCAUAACAACCCCCCCAACAUCCUCCCCAUCUCUGGGAAGCUGGAGAAGAGCAACGAUGGAUUGGUCCGCCCCUCUGCCUUCAAGCCUGUAGUGCCCAAGAGCUUUCAUUCCAUGCAGAAUCUGGUGUGCCCCCCCCAGACCGGAGGAGAGGGCCGCAGCGCUGGAGGAGGGGCUGGAGGUGGUGGGGGUCCCAGUGUACCAGGACCCCUCAGAGACACAGACAGCUCUGGCAGCCGGGGUGGAGGUACCAGAGGUGGGGGAGGUGGUGGCAGCAGGGGUGGAGGUCAGGGGAGCCUCUCCGACUCAGGGAGGAACUCUCUAACCAGCCUGCCCACCUACGCUGGCUCCAGCUCGGGCUACGGGCCCCCGCCUGUCCUUGGGCCCCUGAGCGCCUCCACCAGCCACAUAAACCGCCUGGGGACCACGGGGGCCCUGGAGAAGUUGGACAAGUCUGGUGGCGUUAGCGGUAAUAGUGGAUACCAGAACGGACUGAGCACCUCGGAUAGUGGUCGCUCCUCCUCUGGGAAGAGCUCCUCGUCCUAUCAGAGGCUCAGCCAUCUGAGUGACGCCCCCCCGUCCCUCCGCCCCUCGCCCUCCUCCGAUGGCGUCAUCCAGGACCUGGAGGAUCGGCUAUGGGAGAGAGAGCAAGAGGUGCUCCACAUGCGCCGUAACCUGGACCAGAGUGAGGCGGCCAUCGUCCAGGUGUUUGAGGAGAAGCAGCGCGUAUGGGAGCGCCAGAUGGACGAGCUGCGGCAGAAUUAUGCCUCACGCCUGCAGCAGGUGACGCGUCGCGCCCAGCGCUCCCAGAGUGCCUUGCAGGCCCAGAUCAGCCGUCUGUCGCAGGACAAGCGACGCCUGCACGAGGAGAUGGCUGCGCUGCUGGCCCAGAGAGAGGAGCUGGAGAGGAAGUGCCUGGACUACAGGAAGGAACAGGCUGACAUCCUGCCACGCCUGGAGGAGACCAAAUGGGAGGUGUGUCAGAAGGCAGGGGAGAUCUCCCUGCUGAAGCAGCAGCUGAGGGAGAGCCAGGCGGAGGUGACCCAGCGGGCGGGGGAGAUGGUGGCCCUGCGGGGCCAGCUGAAGGAGGCCAACGCCCAGUUGAGGGACUGGGAAGAGGCCAUGUUGGGCCUCAAGGACUCCUACAGCACCAAGAGCCUGGAGCUGGAGCGCUGCGAGGGGGAGCUGCAGAAGACGCUGACCGAGGUCUCUCAGCUGAGGGACAAGCUGGGAAUGUUUGAGGCUGAGGUGGUAGGGCUGAAGCGGGCCCUGGGUGAGCUCAGUGUGAGGGAUAGGGCUGUCGAGGCUAGUGGUGGAGGGAGCAGGGAAGCAUCCAGGACCAGAGUGGGGCUUCCCUCGCCACACAGCCCACCUGAAGGCUCCGCCUUCUCCUACCCGGCCCUGCCUCCACCUCCCGUACCCCCCCCAGAUGCCAUACUGAGUUUGCAGAGCGAUGAGGUUCAGUGCCAGGAUGCCCACCAUCGCCAGGAGGCUCACAUGCGUCAGGAAGCCCACCAGCGUCAGGAGGCUCACUUGCGUCAGGAAGCUCAUCAGCGUCAAGAGGCCCAACUGCGGCAGGAAAUCCACCAGCAGCGCCAGGAGGCCCACCAGCAGUGGGAGGAGGCAGGGGACCUGCGCCGGCAGCUGGAGCACCUCCAAGGCGAGCUGCGUCUGGAGCGACAGCAGCGUGAGCGACAGGCACUCACCUUCAAGAAGGAGCGCCAUGUGUGGAUGGACGAGAAGGAGCAUGUGCUCAAGUACCAGGCCCAGCUGCAGCUCAGCUAUGUGGAGACCCUGCAGAAGAACCAGGCCCUGGAGCUCCGCGUGGGCCAGCUGGGCUCCAAGCUCACCUCCACCAACACCACCCCCUCGCCCACCUCACCACCCCCACUGUCCCCCACCCGUCUGGAGAGGAUAGAAUCCACAGAGAUCUAGAUUCUAUGUGCUCUAGAUCCAUAGUCCUCCUGAACACUACAGAUCAGUUCAAUUCAGCUUAUACACACUUACAAUAAUUAAACAGUAUCACAUAUCAAUAGCAUUCAUUUUGUAGUCCUAAAUAGUUAUACUCACUGCUACACCGGGGCGGUCCUAGGACGCACUGCACUAUGGAUGGCAGAGAGAGGCAUGGAGGACCACUGGGAAAGGGGGAGGAAAAGAACAGUUUACACUGGUAUUCAAAGACGCUCUUCAAGCCACCCUGUAUGCAGGUUUUACUUCUAUUGAUCGGCAAUCCACUGAACAUUUAGGUUGGGGUGAAUAUUGGGGUCAAGAGUAACACACUAUUGGAAAAGCUAUUGUUGCAUUGUCAUUAGCAUGAAAUUAAUAUAUUAUAAAAUGAAGACAGUCUGUGGGAGAAAGAUUCUCCUCAAGGCAGUCUCUAGAAAUGAUGUGAAAUUUUAAAUUUAAAUCAAGCCAAAUACUACUACUAAACAUGUACUACUACAGCUGUCAAAUACUGUAAAAGUAGGGAUAAAGAAACUACCCUGCAG